CGGAGAUGCGUUGUUGGAUGAGGUUCCUGUCCGCGGAGGUUGCAGCUCGCUCGCGGUGCCUUUUGGGUGGCUGCGAUUGGACCGGACACCGACUGGGGCUGACCCGCUGCUUGUUUCGGGGAAGAGGAAAUGUUCUCCGAUCGGGGAAGAGAGGAGAUCAAUAUGAGUUACCGGCGCACGCGAUCGGGGAAGAUCGCCAGUCUUCACGGGCACGCGUGUGAUUAUUACCACUGUGAGGACGGAGGGAAACGUGCAGGAUGUUUUUUCUUGGAUUUAAAUUCAAACCGGAGCAGAGACAUCUUCCUACCGGCGGACAUUCACGUGUAAUUGAAGCGAUGCGUUUGGUUGCCUUUUGCAAACUGUUAUGAGAUUGUUACAAGUGGACGUGGAUAGUGUUUUUUGUUUUGCACUAAAGUUUUUUUUUGUUGCCUCUUCUUGAAUAUCAUGCAUGGGACUUACACAUCUUUAUAAAUGUUGGACUCUUGCACCUCAACAAAUAUAGCUCACCUGGACUUUUAUUCUGAAAUAACAACUGGAGUUAUGGGACAUUACAACAACAUAUUUUUUUAAGGACAUUGGACUUAUUCAGAAAUGCCCGGCAACAUGGCAGUUUUAUAUUCUGUUUUUCUACUGCCACUGUUCGCAGUGGGGACAGCUUUCUCGGGGGUCUUCAACGCCUCAGACAGAGACAUUUUCACAGAUGACUUGCUGCAGGUCAAGCUCACACAAGCCAGAGCGACUGAGCAGUGGAAACUCCUCUCCUCUGAUUCCCAUCCCAACCUAUAUUUUAACCAAGUGGAUGUGUUGCACUUGAGGCAAAGGUCCUCCACCACCCACAGUCACAUAUUUAAAGUCAUCCGGGCCGCUGCGCUCACCAUGUUGGCAAAUGUUCCCUCUUACAUGCCCCCUGUGAAACAUGCAGAGUUUACAAGCAAGUGGAAUGAGAUUUAUGGGAACAACCUGCCUCCUCUGGCUCUCUACUGCCUGUUGUGCCCAGAGGACUCUGCAGCCCUGCAGUUUCUUAUCAAGUUUAUGGAUAGGAUGGCUGAGUACCCCGACUGGAAGGUGACCAGCGCUCCUAACGACGAGGUCCCCAUGGCCCACUCUCUCACUGGGUUUGCUACAGCUUAUGACUUUAUUUACUCCUACCUGGAUGAGCAUAGGCGGGUCGUUUACUUCAAGAAAAUUCGCUCUGAGACGGAGGAGCUGUUUGACCUCUCAAAGUACAGGGGGUGGGGCAAACAGUACCUCCAAAAUCAUCAAACCACCAACAUAUUAGCCGUCCUGAUCGGCGCAAUCGUGGUGGGAUCACAUGACGACCGGGAGUCAAUGAUCUGGAAACAAGUGGCGGUGAACUACAUGGAGAAAACUAUGUUCCUCCUAAACCACGUCGUUGAUGGCUCUCUGGAUGAGGGAGUAGCGUAUGGGAGCUACACGGCCAAGUCCAUCACCCAGUAUGUCUUCUUAGCUCAGCGCCAUUUCAACAUCGACAACCUGCAGAGCAACUGGCUCCGGGGACACUUCUGGUUUUAUUACGCCACUCUGCUGCCGGGCUUUCAGAGAACAGUUGGCAUCGCCGACUCCAACUACAACUGGUUUUACGGGCCGGAGAGCCAGCUGGUUUUCCUCGACACGUUCGUCAUGAGGAACGGGACGGGCAACUGGCUGGCUCAGCAGAUUAGAAAGCACCGGCCCAAGGACGGUCCCAUGGGGCAGUCGUCUGCCCAGCGCUGGGCUACCCUUCACACAGAAUACAUCUGGUACGACUCCCUGCUCACGCCGCAGCCUCCCCACGACUUUGGGAAAGCUAGGAUGCAUAUUUUCUCAAACUGGGGUGUGGUUACCUACGGCGCAGGCCUCCCGAGCGGCCAGGGUAAUACUUUUGUCUCCUUUAAGUCCGGCAAGCUGGGUGGCCGCGCCGUCUACGACAUCGUCCACGACAAGCCGUACUCCUGGGUGGACGGCUGGAACAGCUUCAACCCGGGUCACGAGCACCCUGACCAGAACUCGUUCACGUUUGCUCCCAACGGACAGGUAUUUGUGUCCGAAGCCCUUUACGGCCCAAAGUACAGCUACCUCAACAACGUGUUGGUGUUCAGUCCGUCUCCUACCAGCCAGUGUAACACGCCGUGGGAGGGGCAGUUGGGGGAGUGCGCCAAGUGGCUGCGCUGGACCGACGAGGGGGUGGGUGACGCCAGAGGGGAGGUGAUUGUCGCCUCCUCUCACGGGGACACCAUGUUUGUGAGCGGCGAAGCAGCGUUAGCUUACUCCCCCGCCAUGAGGCUAAAGAGCGUGUACCGAGCUUUAGUCCUGCUCAACUCGCAGACCCUGCUGGUGCUCGACCACGUAGAAAAGUGGAGCGACUCACCCGUGAAGUCUCUCAGUGCUUUUUUCCACAAUCUGGACAUUGACUUUAAAUACGUCCCGUUCAAAUUCAUGGACAGAUAUAACGGCGCCAUGAUGGACGUGUGGGACGCUCAUUAUAAAAUGUUCUGGUUCGACAGCCAGGGUCACAGCCCCGAUACCAGGAUACAAGAGGCAGAGCAGGCGGCGGAGUUUAAAAAGAGGUGGACUCAGUACGUUAAUGUCACUUUUCCAGCGACGGGCCCAGUGAGCAGAGUAGCGUACGUGUUGCACGGCCCGUAUGCCAAAGUGUCCAGCUGUAGAUUUGUGGAUAAUAGCAAAAAUGGGGUGAGAAUUUCUUUAACCAUAAACAACACGGAGAAGAUCGUCUCUAUCGCGACAAACUACAAAGACAUAGGAGCUAGGUCGACUUAUUUAGGAUUCGGAGGUCACUGUAAAGUUGAGGAUAGAUAUCAGAUCACUCGAUAUGGCCUUGGGACCCGGCUCAUCCCCAAACCAAUCAGCAGCAAUAAUCAGCUGUUUGACUUUGGCUUUACAGUCAAUGUGAUAGCAGGGGUGGUCCUCUGUGUGGCCAUAGUGUUUCUGACCAUGCAGAGAAAGUUUUACGUCUGCUUCAGCCGGCUGAUGCGUUACGCCCUCCUCUCAGUGCUCAUCCUGUGGAUCGCCGAGCUGCUGUUUGUGUCUAACAGCUGUGAUCAGCUCCUCUGUGGAGUAAAGUGGAAAGUCGCGGGUGCCAAAAGCGAAGCAAACAAACAAAUCAGACUGUACGAGCAGCACCGGCUCCCCCUACCCACUGUCGUCAUAACAACCCUUCCCGGAUCGGGGUCGGAGAUACUAAAGCACCUCUUCUACAACAGCUCGGAUUUUGUUUACAUCAGAGUCCCCACCGAGCACGUGGACAUUCCCGAGACUGAGUUUGAGUUCGACUCCCUGGUCGACGCCUGCGAGUGGUCAAGGUCAGACGCCGUGCAGGGGCGGUUUAAGGUUAUUCAGGGCUGGCUGCAUUCGCUGGUCCACAACACCAAGCUGCACUUGCAGAACAUUCAGCUGGUAGAGGGCAGCAGGGUCAGACAGCCCCAGAGAGCCGGCCCCUCCCGGGACAGAAAGAAAAGAUCCAGGAGGAGAGAGCCGGCGUCUGAGCUGAAGGGCAAACUGAGAGCGAGCCUGGACAGAGAUGCAGAGUCCGUGAGGGAGAUGAGGCGGCACGUGGCGGAGUACCCCAACGCCCGGGUGGUCCUCAACAUGCGCAGCGGAAGCUGGGCGCUCAAACUGCCUUUCAUUCAGGAGGUCGUGGGGUCUUCCCUGAGGACGAUCUACCUGGUGAGAGACCCUCGAGCGUGGAUUUAUCUCAUGCUUUAUAACAGCAAACCCAGCCUCUACUCCCUGAAAAACAUCCCGCAGCACCUUUCCUUGAUAUUCAAGGGGGACGCUGUCGGCGACGGGUGCCCGGCUGCGGCGCCGGAGUUUAAAAUGAUCCGGAGGCUGCUGGCCCGUUCCGAGAGCGACCCCGUCCUCAUGCUGGCUCACCUGUGGCGGGCUCACACCGCGGCGGUGCUCCGAGUCAGCGAGAGCCUCCCCGAGGAGUCCUACCUCCGAGUGAGGUUUGAGGACGUGGUCGACUUCCCGCAGGAGACGGCGGAGAGCAUCCACACGUUUCUGGGGGUGCCCGUCUCACCCGCAGCCCUCAACGAACUCCUGUUCACCACCUCUACGAACCUGUACAAUCUGAUGUACGAGGGAGACAUUUCCCCGGCCAGCAUUAACAUGUGGAGGCAAAAUAUGCCGCGAAAGGACAUCAGACUAAUAGAGGACGUGUGUGGGGGCGUGAUGGGGAGGCUGGGUUACACCAGUUAACUCGCUGCUGCUGGUCAGCCCACAUCGAGCGGUCUCGUUUGACCGUAGCUGCCAUCGAGUUCUGUGAAGGUUUAUUUUCUUGUCUUUUUUUGUCUCUUUUUUUUUUUGCACUGACCUUAAAUUUAAAAAAGCAAAAAAGAAAAGAAAGAUGUUACGAGUUGAGGAGAAACUUGAGUAGCAUUUCUGUGUUUGUUUUUUUCUUCCCUGUUUGCUGUGUUUGUUUGGGUGUUGUACAGACAACAGGUGUUCGUGAGGGAGGAAUAUUUUACAUUAAAAUAGGUGAGCUCAUGUUAUUCUUUUUGUUAUUCCUUCACACUCACCUGUAGCACAUUUGUACCGAGUGAGACUUUAGACCUGAAUUAAAAUCCAGCUCCGUCUCACAGUGAAGGUUGUUUACUGUUUGUCUGAGUAAGAGAUGAAAAAUGAGCGUUUUGCUGAUUCCUAAUCUGUUAUGUCAGAGAAAUGUUUGUGCAAAAAUCCAUAUCUGUUUUAAAUGCCUCAUUAUUUUUUUUUAAAGGGGGAUAUUUACUGGUUUGAAAUUGAUUUAUUACGAAGCUCAUUAAGGAGGAAGGCUCGCACUUAUUGACAGACUUCUAAUUUGUAGCUUUGGGAGAUCUUUUUCAAAGACUGUUGGGAGUUCACCAUCUGGACUCCGUGUGCAGGUUUCCCUUUAAAACGACAAAAUGCUGCAAUGUAUGGACUCGUUGGCGAAGCAGAGAAAACAGAAAGCGGCGAUUCAUUGCUCUCAUAUAGACGGCUGAAUGAUACGGAUUGUAUUGUCGUUCCAUCAGCCGAAGGGAUUUUAUUUAAACGUCUCAAAUAUGUCACGAUGGCUCGGUGGCUUAGCACUUUCUCCUUUGAUCCUGUGCGGGGUUCAGCGCGUUUUUUCCGAAACUAACUGUACUUUAUGUACUCGAUUAGCUCGGAAAUAUAAAACCUCUGAAGAUAUGUGAACCUCAGAAGAUAUUAUGUGUAGAAGAAAGAAAGUUAGAAGUAUUUAUGGGUUCCAAAGACACAUAUCCCAAAGGAUAAGAACUGAAUAUGAUUAUUAUAACUCCCUUUGGCAUUUAUUGAAUUAGAUCAGAGGAAAGUGCUUAAUAGGAAUCAAACUGAAAAAAAAAAAAGUGUCAGCCCUGACACAUUUCUAGUCAAAGCAAUUUCCAAAGCAUCCCCCCCAGCUACUCAUAUUAAUCUGCAAGAUGCCAUAACUGAGGCUUACCCUGUGUUUUAUUGUUGUGCUGUUUUCACUAUAAAACCCUGAAAUGCAAACAAUAUUCCAUUUUCCCGUCGUGGUCACUCUGAUAUCCGACGAUCUUUUUUUGGGGGUGAGAAAGUUAUGCAAGCGGUGGACCGAAUGGGAUGAUUAUGAAGCAUAGUUUAAAGAAAAAGAAAAGUCAGAGACCAUUUCGACCCUGUGACGUGACGCUCUCCGUGAAGGUAUACGUACGGCUUGCUUAAAAACCUCCGUGUACCGUGAAUGGAUCACACGUAACACGCAGAGAUGGUUCACUCAAUUAUGAACCGUCCCCUCGCAUCUGUACACACACACACACACACACAAAAAAGAGAUUUUCUUUUCUUUCUUUUUUUUUAAAACACACAUACUGUGCCCAUUUAGAAAUAUCCAUCUUUCCUCGUCUAGAAAACCGUCCUGUUUGUUUUCCUCUCUGCGAACACUGAAAAACCGUCGACUGCCUGGAAAAAGCCGUUUGAUGUUUGUGAUCUUUGAAUGUGUAGACUUGGCAGACAUGCUUUCACUUUGGUGUUGCAAUCCCGUUACCAACUCUGUUUUGUAUUUUGCUCGUGGGGAUACGGUUCCUUGCUUCUGUGGCCUUGAAUUACAAUCAUUUUUCUUUACAACGUUCUUUUUCUUCUUCUUCUUCUGUGGGCUCUGGAGCAAGUGGUGGAAGGUAAUGUAAAGAAUAUAAUAAAUUCAUAAAUAUAUA